AUGACCCAAGCCCACGGAACCUGGCGCCGCGCCGCUGCUAGCCCUGAGCCACCGACACGAAAGGCCCCGAAGAGGACCGAGUCCAGCGGCAUUUUGCACCGUCCAUCACCACAAGACACCAAGAGGCAAUUGCAGAGGUCCGAAGCCCAGGGAAUCAUGCACCGCGCCACAGCAACCAAAUCCACCAUGGACAUCAAAACGGAUCCUUUUGACAAGGACACUCACCUCGCUGGUAGACCUGCCGCCGACGUCACGGCAAUCUCCAAGAGAGAGACCAAACCGUCCGUUGUUUUGUCCAGUCAUUUGGCACCGCCUCCUGCUGUUAUUGAAGACAACCAACUGCGUGACGCGGAUGUAGUAUUUGGUCGAGGAGGCAUGUCGAACCAUAUUAAGGGAAAUUGGCUGUUUCGUAUCCACCUUGACAAGCACAAGGGAUCCUACCAGGCCGCGACUGAUAGGAAAGAAAAGAGGACGCUUGUCAAGCAAAUAAUUGAAGAUCUCCGAACUAGAGAUUUUAGGUUCUUGGAGCUGAAAGAUGGAAAAUGGGCUGAGCUUUCGGAAAGGCGAAUUCACUACAAGGUCACACAGCGGCUGAGAGAGCGUUCGCACUUUCAACCUAUACCAGUGGAGGCAGCGCCCCUGGUUGUAACACAACAGUCUUCCACUGAAGAAGAAAUUGCAUUGAAUGAUGCCACGCCAUUGGCAUUGAAUCUUGAGGGUGCAUCUUUCCAAAUCCAUGCACUCAAAGAGGAUGUUUUCCCCGACUCGAUCAAUGAUUUGACGAAGCCCUCAACCCAGGAUGCGGAUUAUGCAAUGGAUUCCCUCAAAAUUGGGGAUGAGCAAUCUCUACAAGGAGGCAACUAUGCCCAACAAUUGGAUGGUGUGAUGCCAUUGCCUUUGGAUAUCAACCAACCGCCUUCUACAAUCGCAGCACAGCAAGAAAAUGAUUUUUCUGACUUAUUCGCUGCGAUUGCAAGCCCGCAGGAAGAAGUGAAUACGGCGCUCAAUGCUUCCGCAAACCAAAACAGCAAUGCCAAUUCAGCCGCAACGCACCCUCUGGAUUAUUCACACAAGGUAGACGCCGUCAGCGACAUGGCCAGUUUGACUUCUCGGGAUGAAACCUUGUUGUUUGGCUGGGAGUCUCAUUGCGCCACUGACAACUUUUUCUUCUGGGACGGCUUGCUGCCGAUGGAUCCCAUGCCAACGACAUUUCCCUACUGGGAAUCCACCGGUACGAGCAUCCCUGGAGCUGGAUCGGGUCCCAGUUCCACGGCCCGGUCUCUGGCCAGUACAGGCCGCCCGAGAAGCUGUGAGAACAUUGUAUGGGGGAGGAAUGUGUAA